AUGUCAACUCCUCACCGAGGCUCCUCUAACUCAUUGCCAGACAGUGCAUCGGCUCUUGCUCCUAGUUCAGCGGCCACCUCCAGAGCACAAGGGACCGCUAUUCCGCCUCCAUCAAACCCGAAGCCUCUAAAUCCUGUAGUCCAUAAUGCUAACCGUAAGGUUUCCGAGAAGAAGUCUAACCCAUCACUGUCCAAUGGCAAGACGGUGGUUCGGGAUCGCCCAUUUGCCCUGAACCGAUUCAUAUUAUACGAGACGAAGCGCUGGUUUUAUGUUGUUGGCUCCAAUUCCUCUGAUACCCUACAUAGGGUUCUGAAAGUGGACCGAACUACCCAGGAUGAACUCAUCGUCAUGGAAGACGAGGUUGUCUAUAGCGAGCGUCAGCUUAAUGAUUUACUACGGACGCUCGAGGAUGGAAACAAGGGGAGCGGCGGUCUGACCAGAGUUGGGGUUUUCUUUGGCAUCGCUGGCUUUGUCCGCUUCACUGCGGGAUGGUAUCUAGUCGCAAUAACGAAGAGAACUGUCGUUGCCCUACUGGGUGGUCAUUACCUAUAUCAUUGUGAAGAGACACAGAUGUAUCAAGUAACUUACAAUCAAAAGGUGGAGAAACCCUCUGAAGAACAACGUCUGAUGGCUGCUUUUCGCCAAGUGGACAUGACCCGAAACUUCUAUUUCUCUCACACUUAUGAUAUCACCUCGUCCCUCCAACAUAACAUGACGCGCGGAUUCCUCUCGAGACAGCAUGGCCACUCCCACAAACCCUGCGGAGGUCAUCCAAAUCACGACAUCCCUGGAAAAUCUGAGAAAUCAGGAUGGAAGUUCAAUGACCGUUACGCGUGGAAUUACCGCAUGUUAUUAGAAGCGUUCGAUCCAGAGAAGAAUAUGCAAGCGAAACAAGCGGACGCAACGAAGAAUCAUUGGAUUUUACCACUCAUAUACGGACAUGUCGACCAAGCAAAACUCACGGUCGGAGGCCGUGUCAUUUUCGUGACACUAAUUGCCAGGCGAUCACGACAUUUCGCUGGCGCCCGGUAUCUCAAGCGUGGAAUAACCGAAGAGGGCAACGUCGCAAACGAGGUCGAAACAGAACAGAUAUAUCGAGGCAGUGUGCCGAUCUACUGGACUCAGGAUAUAACGAACAUGAGUCCUCGCCCACCUAUCGAAAUCACGGUGAUGGACCCUUAUUACACAGCUGCUGCACGUCACUUCGAUAAUCUAUUCGAGCGCUAUGGGACCCCAAUCAUUAUUCUCAACCUCAUCAAGUCAAGAGAGCCAACUCCACGAGAGAGCAAACUACUAUAUGAAUAUACGCGUUGUGUGGAAUACCUCAAUCAGUUUCUGCCGGAGGAUAAGAAGAUGCACUAUCAUGCUUGGGACAUGUCGCGCGCGUAUAAAGAGAAGAAGCAGGAUGUCAUAGGAGUUCUGGAAGAUAUUGCGGAAGAAUGCAUUAAUAUCACCGGGUUCUUCCAUUCAGGAGCCGAGCCGUACUCGCAUGCAUUGCGAGCCGAAUCUGAGGAAAUUCCGUAUCGACCGAAGAUUUCUCUACAGAAUGGCAUUACAAGGACUAAUUGCGUAGACUGCCUGGAUCGCACAAACGCUGCACAAUUCGUCUUUGGAAAAAAGGCUCUGGGUCAUCAGCUAUAUGCCCUGGGUGUAAUCGAAAGUCCCCAGUUACCGUUUGAUUCUGAUGCGGUCAAUAUGUUGACCCAAAUGUAUCAUGAUCAUGGCGACACCAUUGCCCUUCAGUACACCGGAAGCGCGCUGGUGAACCGCGUGGAAACGUACCGCCGGAUGCCCCACUGGAAUAGCCAUUCGCGCGACAUGAUCGAGAACAUACGACGUUUCUACGCCAAUUCAAUGCUAGACGCGGACAAGCAGACCGCAAUCAACGUAUUUCUUGGUGUCCCCACGGUCCCACCCACCAUACCACGCUCACCCCCACCAAAGUCCUAUCAGUUAUGGUAUAAUCCGGAGCACUUAGAGACCCCCUACGUUGUAGACGACUGCGAAAAAUGCCUAUGGGAUUUCUCCAAUCAAUCUGAAUAUUGGGUUGAGUAUUACCGUCCGUCGGCAUUCACGAGCCUCGGGAAACACUUUGCAUACAGAAUGAAUAGCACAGCAAGGCUUCCCGGUGCCAAUGUCAACGAGCCCGAUUACAGCCCAUUCCGAAACCGCGCAGAAACAGCACAUCAACCUCCUCGACUGAUGGAUGGUGUGCGUCGCCUGAUUGGAGCGAAUUCUGGCACGCCGCACAGAAAAAUUAGUGACAAAGCAACGAAAGAAACCAAGACCGUACUGGUGAAAGAUGAGGCGGACGAUUUAGACGUAAACAGCAUUGAAGCGAUCACUGCGCGCUUACUUAAAGGCGAGAUCUCAGAGUCAGAGGAAGCGGAGUACGAAUGGUAA